UCUCCUCUCCCUUUCUCUCUCUAGACCCUCUCCUUCCCUCCUCAAACACACCCCCAACCCCAUUACUAUAAAGAACCCUCACUUCCCCUCUCUCUCUCACAUACCCACCCCUCCACCUUUUUCCUUCCCCCUCUCUUUCUCUCUCUUGUUCUUGUUCCCUCUUGUUCUUGUUAUCCUUUCUUGUUACCUAUCAUUUCACAAAUACUUAUUAUUCUCCUCUUAAUUGGGUUGUGAUUUGUGAGAGGUCUACUUUAUAAUUGUUGCUACAAAUUGUUCAAAGCUCAAUUGGGUUUUGCGUUUGAGCUUUGAAGAACAGAUAUGGAGAAGCUCAGCUUUGUUAAGAAUGGUGUGCUGAGGUUACCUCCUGGUUUCAGAUUCCAUCCUACUGACGAAGAGCUCGUUGUCCAGUACUUGAAACGGAAGGUGUUUUUGUGUCCCUUGCCUGCUUCAAUCAUCCCGGAGGUUGAUGUUUGCAAGGCCGAUCCUUGGGAUUUGCCAGGUGAUUGGGAGCAAGAGAGGUACUUUUUCAGCACAAGGGAAGCCAAAUACCCAAAUGGGAACAGAUCAAACAGAGCAACUGUCUCCGGUUACUGGAAGGCCACCGGAAUCGACAAGCGAAUCGUAGCUUCCAAGGGCAACAACCAGGUUGUGGGGAUGAAGAAGACUCUGGUUUUCUACGGAGGGAAGCCUCCAAGUGGGACUAGAACUGAUUGGAUCAUGCACGAAUACCGCCUCGCCGGAGCUGAAACAACCGCCACGGUCGCCUCGCCGGAGCUGAAACAACCGCCACUGUCUCCGGAGAAGGACUCUACCCCGAGUUCUAAGGUGCAAUCGGAGAAUUGGGUACUUUGCCGCAUAUUUUUGAAGAAAAGAAGUAGCAAAAAUGAUGAUGAGAUGGUCACACAAUCCGAUAGUUGCAAUAGAGUUCGUAGAGUGAGGAAUGGUAAUCCUGUUUUCUAUGAUUUCAUGGCCAAGGACAAGACUGAUAUGAAGGGUUGCUCUGCUUCGUCGGCUUCGAAUUCGAGUGGAAUCACAGAGGUCUCUGCUCAUGAAUCAGGUGAUCAUGAAGAAAGCAGUAGUUGCAAUAGUUUCUCCUCCUCUUUUAGAAGGAAACCUUAGAUAGAAGACUACCCUCCAUAGUUUCUUGUUUUCCUUGUAUCACUAGUUGAGCUUCCAAAAAAAAUUGAAUAACCAUCACAAAAUAUGAUGUUUGGUCACUCAUUUAGGUGUCUCUCUUCUGCAGAAAGGAAAAAUAUGAGAGAAUUGAGAGGAAAAAGAAAAUCGGCAUCCAAUGUUUUGGGUUAAUUUGGAGAGGAGAAAAUGUCAACAGAUGGUGCUAUUUAUGUACUCAAUCCCCAAAUUUCAGAAUUAGUGGAAAACCCUUCUUACUA